UCCGGCGAAGUGAUACUGAAGCCGCAAUGGCGUCGGUGUUGGCCGAGCCGGGGGCAGGGCGCCAGCAAUCCGCCUCCAUCGGCGCCGGGAGCGGCCGGGCGCAGCUCCUGGCCUUCUAACCCCGGCGCUGACAGUCCAACAUACACGCUGGCGGAGUCAUUUCCCGGGAGUCAUCAUUGAUACAAACUUAAAAUCACCAGAAACAAGUUUUUUUUUCCUCUCUCUCUCUCCUCUGCCGUUCGCUAAUCCAAAUUUUGCCGGGACUCGAACUGAACUCACAACGAAAUAAAAUAAGUUGUUUUUUUUUAAAAAAAAAUGUUGGGGGACGGCGCCUGUCCUGUUUAAAAAAAAGAAUAGCCUCCCCAGGAGCCAAAACAGGGGAAAAUUUGCAAGCCCUAGGCAACCCACUGUACAGCCCGAAGUUGUUGAGAGAAACAGUGUAAAGGUUAUGGAAGAAAAAGAACACUUGGGGUGAAUGUUGGCCCAGAGGAUCAGGGCAGCCGGCAGCUCACUCUUGACCUUUUAAUUUUCUCGCUUUUUUUUUGUUGUUGUGUUUCUGUGGGAUGCCAGGCUCGGAGAGAGCUGGGAGCAAGGCGGAUGGAGGCAGUGGUCUGGGCUCCAGCGGCGGCGGCGGCAGGGAGCGGCGGAAGGCGGCGUCCAGGCACAGGCGCCGCCGGGUCAAGCACGGCCGGGACGCCCCGGGGGUGGCCGCCCAGACCCCGCUGGCCAAGGUGAAGUCGCUGGUGGAGUACGACGACAUCAGCUCGGACUCGGACGCCUUCUCCGAGGCCACCGUCCGCUCCGAGCGGAGGGAGAGGGAAGAGCGGACGAGCUCGGACAAGUCGGCCAGGGCCCACAAGCACCACCACCACCCGCACAGGCGGGCCAAGGAGCACAAGUCGAAGGAGGCCGACCGGGCCAAGGAGCGGGGCCGGCGGCCGGAGUCCGGCAAGUCCGGCUCCAGCAGAGAGAGGACCUCCUCCAAGAGGCAGGCCGCGGAGGAGGAGGAGGACGGCGGUAAGAAAGGGUGGGCGUCACCCGUCACCAAGCACGGCGGCAGCAAGGACUCGAAGUCCGCCAAGUCGUCCAAAGAACGGGCCAAGAAAGAGAAGGAGCAGCGGUCGGCGCACCGGGAGCAGCUGAAGACCCAGAAGAAAUGCAAGGAAGCCCCUCGGGGUUACCGGACGUCCCCCAGCCCAAAGAAGAAAGGUGGGAGCCCGCGGCGCAGGCGUUCUUCCAGCCCGACUAGGGACGACAGCCCCUUUGGGGGCUACGGCAAGGGUUACGAUGCCAGCCCGCUUUAUCGAUCCCGGACUUCCAGUGCCUACGACGGCUACCGGCGGAGUCCCGGUGAUUCCCUCCGGAAGCAGUCGGUCAGCCCGCCCUACUACAGUUCCAGGGAGCCCGCGGCCUAUCACACUGGAUAUAACAUGCGGUCGCCCAGCCCUUACGGCAGGAGGCAAAGGUCCUCGAGCCCUUACAGCCGGCACCGGUCGCCCAGUUACGACAGGCACAGCAGCUCGUACGAGUACGGUGGGAGGUCGGCGAGCCCCUACGGCAGGCGGCGCUCUAUCAGCCCCUACGGCAGCAGGAGAUCCUUCAGUCAAAGCCCAGUGACCAGGAGGUCGGUGAAGUCGAGAAGCCGGAGCCCGCUGUACCUGAGACACUCGCGGUCGCACAGUAAGCACAGGCAGUCCCGCUCCCCCAGCCGGCACUCGAGCAUCUCCCCCGGCCGGUUCACCCUCACCUCGAGCCUGGGCGCCGAGCUCAGCAAGACGAAGCGGGCAAGAGCCGCGGUGGCGGCCAAGGUCAAUGCGAAGGACUGCAAAGAGCCUAAGGUGUCGGGCAGCAGCGCGCACGCGGCUGGCUCCACAGCACUGAAGGAUGUCAAAAAAUUGACUAAGUUAAUAAAGUCCGAGAAGCCCCCCUCGCCCACUGAAACCUCGCAUUCAGGGGCCGCAAAGAAAGGCAAAGACACUGCGGAGGAGAUGAUUCCGGAGAUAAAAGUGAAGACUGAACAGGAGGAGGGUGAGGUGGUGGCUGUGGCAGUCAAAGAGUCAAAGUCACCGGCAGUGAGGUGUGACCCGGCUACACCAAAGGACAGGAGUCUACCGCCAUUACCAAACGAACACGAAGUCGAAAAGCCUCCACUUCCUCCUGCUGGUUCUGGCCCUCCACCGUUACCUCCGUCCUCUCCUCCACUCGUACUACCUCCUAUCCCAGUGCAACAGCCCCCCCUGCCGCCGGUGACUUCAAACCAAUCGCAGCCUCUGCCCGAGAGCCGGACUGAGCCGCUGGCGCCGGUGCCCGCCUCGCAGCCGGCGAUGCCCUUGGCGCCCCCUCCGGUGCCGGCCCCCGGAUCCCACCCGUCCCCCGCCCCGGCCAGCGCGCCCGCAGCCCCCCAGCACCACCCGCCGCGGACGACGGUGCUGGCCAGCGGGCUCCCCAUGCCGCCGACGCUGAACUCGGUGCUGCCGUUGCUGACCUCCACUCUCCCGCCACUGCCGCUGCCCCCACUGCUGCUGGGGGAGGACGACAUCGAGAGCCCAAAGGAAAGUCACGCUGCCAAACCGGCCAAGAAAGAGAGAGACCAAAGAACGCGACAUUUACUGGCUGACCUGCCUCUCCCCCCGGAACUCCCCGGAACGGAUCCCUCGCCGCCGGACUCCCCCGAGCAGAGGACUCCACCCCAGCCUCAGCCUGUCCUUAAGAAGAGGCCCAAAAUCUGUUGUCCUCGCUACGGUGAGAGGAAGGAGACUGAGAGUGACUGGGGCAAGCGAUGUGUGGACAAGUUUGACAUCAUCGGCAUCACUGGAGAAGGGACGUAUGGACAGGUUUACAAAGCUAAGGACAAGGACACAGGUCAGAUGGUAGCUCUCAAAAAGGUGCGGCUAGAUAACGAGAAGGAAGGUUUUCCGAUCACAGCCAUUCGAGAAAUUAAAAUCCUCCGUCAACUCAACCACACCAGUGUUGUCAACAUGAAGGAAAUCGUGACAGACAAGCAGGAUGCCCUGGACUUCAAAAAGGAUAAAGGGGCCUUCUACCUAGUCUUUGAGUACAUGGACCAUGAUUUGAUGGGGCUUCUGGAGUCGGGACUGGUGCAUUUCACUGAGGACCACAUCAGAUCCUUCAUGAGGCAGCUGAUGGAUGGCCUGGACUACUGUCACAAGAAGAACUUCCUGCACCGCGAUAUCAAAUGCUCCAACAUCCUCCUCAACAACAGUGGACAAAUCAAACUGGCGGAUUUCGGCUUGGCGCGAUUGUACAACUCAGAGGAAAGCCGCCCCUACACCAACAAGGUGAUCACGCUGUGGUAUCGGCCGCCGGAGCUGCUGCUGGGGGAGGAGCGAUACACGCCGGCCAUCGACGUUUGGAGCUGCGGGUGCAUCCUGGGGGAACUCUUCACGAAAAAGCCGAUCUUCCAGGCCAACCAGGAGCUGGCUCAGCUUGAACUCAUCAGUCGGUUAUGCGGCAGUCCUUGCCCAGCUGCCUGGCCAGACGUCAUCAAGCUGCCCUACUUCCACACCAUGAAACCCAAGAAACAGUAUCGGCGGCGGCUCCGUGAAGAAUUUGCAUUUAUCCCGCUCCCUGCCCUGGACCUGCUGGACAACAUGCUGACACUGGACCCCAGCAAGCGCUACACCGCCGAGCAAACCCUCCAGAGCGACUUUCUCAAGAACGUCGACCCCACAAAGAUGCCUCCUCCUGACCUCCCCCACUGGCAGGAUUGCCACGAGCUGUGGAGCAAGAAACGCCGGCGGCAGAAGCAAGCCGGAAUCGUCGAGGACCCGCCAGUGCCGAAGGCACCGCGCAAAGACACCGCGACCAGCACCGACGACAGUCGCAACAGCACGCCGCAGAGCGUGGCCCCGGCAGCGGGGAAAGCUCCAAGCAGCAGCAGCACCGACGUGGCCGGGGUUGGAGAUGCUGCCCAGCAGCUGAACCAGAGCGAGAUGGCAGUGCUACUGAACCUUCUGCAGACCCAGAGCAACCUCAGCCUCACCCAGCUGGCACAGGCGCUCAAUGUCGGCACCAACCCCGAGACCCAGCAGCAGUGGAACGUGCUGCUUCAGUCCCUGGUCGCCCUGGCCGAGGCCACCGGUCAGCAACAGGACGCCGUGCCCUCCGCCGCGGCCCAGCCUCCUCCACCUCCGCCGGCGCCGUCCGCCGAUCCGCCCGCGGCCGCGGCUCCCCUCCCGGCCGCUCCGGCGCCCGUGCCUCCGAUCCAGCUCCUGGCCUCGGCGGGCAGCCAGCCUCCUCAGGCCCCGUCCCAGGCGGCCGACGCACAGGCGGACACACACGGCCUGCUGACCAUCCUGCUGGGUCAGCUGAUCAAAUCUCAGGAAAGCACCACCGUGCCCGAGGACAGUAACGGCCUCAAAGCCAGUGACGGGUCACAGCAGCCGCAGGCGGGCACCGGCACCCCGGACACCACCGAUGAUGCUGCUGCCUCUAAGUUGGAUGUCAAGCCGCCUGCGGUCCCUGCACUCAAUCCAACGCGGAUUCUCCCCCCGGACCAGCGCCCGCCGGAGCCUCCCGGACCCCCACCCUCCCUGGGCGACACGGACUGCCGAGUGAACGUGGGAGUGAGCCCCCCCCCGGAGGAUCCGAACGCCGGCGUGAAGGCCGCGCUGUUGCAGCUGCUUAGCCAGGAGGAGCUGCUGCACGCCGACCGGCCGAGCGACUACGCCGGCCCCCACCUGGCGAACAGCUACGGCGCCGACUGCUUUGGCAACAAUGUCGGCAGUGGCGAGCGGAGAGACACUGAAAGGACCGGCCACGGCUUACUGGAGAGCAAGCCCGCCCUGUGUGCCAGCUUGCCCCAACCGCUGGGGCGGCCCAGGACGCUCUCCGGCUCCAACAGCGAGUUUGCAGAGUCCGGUACGUACCGGGACCUGGGUGCCAUGCAGUUUACGGCAGACCAGGACCACCGGUUUAACUUUACCCGGGUCACCCUGCCGGUCCUGGUCACCAGGGCAGAGGGUAACAAAUGCACAACCACGCCCGCCGAUGCAAAACCUUCGAACUACAGCUACAGCACCAUGCCGGCCAGUGCCGUGGCCAGCAGCCCCCUGCCAGGGCUCGGCUGGAGUCUGGCGUCGUCACGGGGCUCAGGGUACGGCAGGGCACAGACCCGGCUCCCCGCCAGAGGGGGCAGGGGCAGGGGCGUCCCCUACUAGCCUCCGGCUCACCGGGAAUGCUUUCUAACCAUCAUGUCCUUGGAGAGAGAGAGCCCACUGUGAUCGCUUUUGAAGGGGUCUCACUGCCCCACAUCAUUCCUGACGAGGCAGGGACUGACCACUGGAGGUUCCCUGAGCAGUGUCUGAACUGCUGCCCUCUCCCGGAGGGUGAAGAUUCCCUUGUAAAGUUACAGUGUUGGGAAGACCCCCCCCCUCUCUCUCCCCCCCCCCCAACAACCUGUAUAAUCAAUUCAAAAUACGUUUAUGUCUCUGGAGACAAUUAGACAAUAUGGUGAACUGAUGUGAAAUCCAGUCGCGCCCGACUGUAAGAGCACAGAUGGGAAGUCUGUGCCGGGGGGCGUGGGCUGUGGUGAAACCCAGAGAGGCUGCAUUGGAAAGAUGAUUCGCGAGCCAGCUGUCAGAGAAACAACACUGGAAUUUGCCUGGCAGCCGGGCUAGAGAAAGAUAUUCUGUUUAUUAUAAAGGCUUGAGAUACUGGACCAUUUUCUCCUCCUCAUUUCUGUGUGCCCCGCCUCUCUUUAUGUUCUGUUCUUUUCCAAGUUAUGGCAGAUCUGCAAUUAAACCUGAACAAUGCUCUCAUCCGGCCUAAGCUGUGACUUCCUUUGCCUGUGGGCAGAUUUAAAUAGAGAUCCCCAUAUCACUGUGUCAGCCAGUGCUGUCUGUUCCCCCAACACUACCUCGUCCCUGUUCCCCACCUCCCCAAUGGCCCCGUCUCCUCAACCCGUCACCGACCCCCCGCUCCCCACCUCUCCCUGCCCAAAGGCCGCAUCUCCUUACCCCAUCGGUCCCCUGCUCCCACCUCUCCCUCCCCAAUGACCCCAUCUCAUCAUCCCAUCGGCCCCCUGCUCCCCACUUUCUUUCCCAUUGUCCCCAUCUCCUCAACCCAUUGGCCAAUUGCUGCUCCCCAAUGACCCCAUCUCAUCAUCCCAUCGGCCCCCUGCACCCCACCUCUCCCUCCCCAAUGGAAUUAUCUCCUCAUCCCUUUGGCCCCCUGCUCCCCACUUUCUUUCCCAUUGUCCCCAUCUCCUCAACCCAUUGGCCAAUUGCUGCUCCCCAAUGACCCCAUCUCAUCAUCCCAUCGGCCCCCUGCACCCCACCUCUCCCUCCCCAAUGGAAUUAUCUCCUCAUCCCUUCGGCCCCCUGCUCCCACCUCUCCCUCCCCAAUGACCCCAUCUCAUCAUCCCUUCGGCCCCCUGCUCCCACCUCUCCCUCCCAUUGGCUCCCCAGCUCUCCAGUCUCCCAUUGGCCAAUCCCUUCUCCCCAGUGGCCCACCUCUCUCCCCAAUGGCCUCGUCUCCUCGUCCCAUUGCCUCCCCGCUCCCCACCUCUCUCCCAUUUGGCCUCGUCACCUCAUCCCUUUGGCCCUCUAGUUCCAUUUCCUCAUCCAAUUGCCCCCUGUUCCCUACCUCUCCCCAAUGGCCCUUUGCUCCCCACCUCUCUCCCUAUGGUCAUUUCUCGCUUCCCCUGCCUCUCUCCCCAUUGGCCAAUUUCCGCUUCCCCCACCUCCCUCCCCACUGGCCAAUUGCUGCUCCCCACUUCUCUCCCCAGUGUCCGUCUUCUCAUCCGACUCCCCAUUGGCCAAUUGCUGCUCCCCACCUCUCUCCCCAUUGGCCAAGUCGUGCCCCCAACCUCCCUUCCCAUUGGCCAAUUGCUGCUCCCCCACCUCUCUCCCCAUUGGCCAAUUGCUGCUCCCCAGUGGCCCUGUCUCCUCAUCCGAUUCCUCAUUGGCCUCCGGCUCUGCAGUCCUCUCCCCUCUGGCCUCACUGCUCCCCUCCCUUUUCUCAUUGGCCCCUCCUGGUGUCCCAUCACAGCCCCCCCCGCCCCCCGUCCCGUCCCUCCGACCUCUCGCUUCAUUCUCUGCAGAGUUGCCACACAAGAGUUUGUUCAGCUCUUCCUGCUCUCAGGCUUAUGGCUUUGUGUGGUUUGACCUCCGCGAGUUCCCCGGUGGGAGCUGCUGCACGGGUGGGGACCCGUGGACCAUGCAGGCAUCCUGGAUCGGACACAUUCAGAGCAUCGAAACUGCUCUGAACGCCACGGGCUCCACAGUAAGGCCUGGUUCAAUUGCUUUAGUAACAAAUUCUUGUUCUGAGGAUAAGGUUUCUGAAUUUUUUUCAGCUUUUAGUAAAUUUUACUUUAAUAAAAAAAAUUAAUAAAA